AUGAGCGUGUCGCAACCGGCACGCAGCCUGGUGGGCAGGUGCAUGACCUCGACUUCGGCUUCGACUUCGCGACGGGCCAUGGGACGAUGCCUCCAGCAGCAGCAGCAGCAGCAGCAGCAGCAAUUUCACAGCUCAACACCUUCGCAAGCCAGGCGGCGGUCCCAGUUCCGCAACGUCAAGGCGUCGGAACUGGGGCUGACCAAGCCGGAGGAGAUGGCGCGGUACCAGGCCGACAAGUUCCCCGAGCUCACGCCGGAGCAGAGGGAGCAGUGGAAGGCCAAGUACACUCCCGAGCAGCUGGCGGCUCUCGAGGCGGGCGAGAGGGCGGUGGACCCCAGGGACAUGAUCUGGCAGGGCAGGCUGAGGGACGACAUGUUCCGGCCCGGGUAUGUGGACGACUACGCCAAGCUGGACCCGCGGUACGACCUGAAGCCGGACCACGACCGGGCCGUGGCGGCCGAGGAGACGGACUUCCCGUCGCAGGAGCAGUUCAUCGACGAGUACUACGAGAAGAUGACGAGGCUGGCGAGCAAGACGUCGUCGGACCAGCUGUCGAGGGCCAUGCUGCGCGCCCUCCGAGCCGUCAAGGAGAGCAAAGGCGAGGACUCGAUCGACCUGACGUUUGGCGAGCUGGAGCGCAUGGAGCGCGACCCGGAACUGCUCAAGAAGUACAUCCUACCUGAGGACGCCGACUCGAGCUCCCCGGCCGGCGGCGGCGCCGGCAGUGACGGCGAGGCCGUCAGCCCCAAGACGCACCCGGAGCUGUUCAUGACGCGCGCGCGCGCCCUGGAGAUUGACGACGCCGUCCAGGCCAUGUGGAAGAAGGAGAUCGACGCCAUCGUCGCCGGCGACAACUACACCUACCUGAAGCCGCCGCACGUCGAGGUCGUCCAGGACAGCCCCGACGGCGUCAUCAGCGCCCACUCGGCCGUGCAGCCCGACCUGGGCAAGAUCCCGGGCGUAGAGGGCCUGUACAAGUCCAACGCCGAGGACGACGCCGAGGACCCGGAGGGAAACUUCUCCGAGAUGAAGCGCGUCACCGGCCUGUCCGUCAAGGAGAUCCGGAGCCUGCUCUGCAAGACCCUCGUCGUCCGCUUCGUCAGCAACCAGACCCGUCUCGGAAAGGUCCGCAGCUUCUCCGUCAUGGCCAUGGCCGGCAACGGAAACGGACGGCUCGGUAUCGGCCAGGCAAAGUCGACCGACAUGGCCACAGCCACCGCCACCGCCACCGGCCUCGCCAUCCGCACCAUGAAGCCAGUCAGGCGCUACGAGAACCGCACCAUCUUUGGCAUCUACGACCUCGCUAUCAAGUUCCCCCGAUCGAAGAACCCCAUGAACACCGUCAAGGCCACCUUCAAGGCCCUGAGCAACCAGCCUGAUCCCGAUCAGAUCGCCAUCGGUCGUGGCAAGAAGCUCGUCGACGCCAGAAAGGUCUACUACGGUGGAGCUUCUCUGUGA